AUGACUCAAUCCAAGGACCAGAAGAUCGCCGAGACCCAGGCCAACCUUCCUCUUCCUGACCAGCCCCCCACUGCCUCUGACUGGCAGUCUGCUGAUGCCCGUAACGUCAACGUCGGUUCCGGCAAGGUGGAAGGCCCUAUCGGCACCGAUGCCGCCGCUCAGUCUGGUCUCCGUGAGCCCGCUACCAAGGGCGAGGAGGUCGACCUGAGCAACGUCGGCCGUGAGGGCGUUGAGAAGAACCAGCAAUAA